UUAUUUUGGCGAAUUAGCAGGUUUCAUCUGCCACACAGAAAUUGGGAUUGGGUAGCUCUAUUUGGCCCAAGAGAAAUACAAUAGAAGUCCGGCGACUUCUAGUUAUCGGGAUGCAUCUUUCGAAAGUCUGGAGGUGCGAAGCUGUAUUCAGCUUAUGGUUCUGCUGCUGGUUGCUUCUGGCCACAGGGCAGAACUCUGUCACUGACCCCGCUGAAGUUGCCGCAUUGAAAACCAUCAAAGAGAGUCUUAUUGAUCCUAAUGGAAAUCUGAACAGCUGGAAUAGUGGAGAUCCAUGUACAUCUCAAUGGAGAGGGGUUCAUUGUUUCAAUAGUACAGUGGCUGAUAAUCAUUUACAUGUUAAAGAAUUGCGACUACUGAAUUUGAACUUGUUUGGAACUUUGGCACCAGAGACUGGAAACCUAUCUUAUCUGCAAAUAUUGGACUUUAUGUGGAACAAUAUAAGUGGGAGCAUACCAAAGGAAAUUGGCAACAUCAAAAGUUUGCAACUCUUGCUUCUGAAUGGAAACAACUUAACAGGUCGGCUGCCCGAAGAGCUUGGUUAUCUUCCAAAUCUGAAUAGAAUGCAAAUUGAUCAGAACUAUAUAACAGGACCUAUUCCUGCAUCGUUUGCAAACCUAAACAAGACACAGCACUUUCACAUGAACAAUAACUCACUUACUGGACAAAUCCCUCGAGAGCUUUCCCGUUUGUCAAGCCUUAUUCACCUCCUUCUUGACCAUAACAAGUUAUCAGGAGAUCUUCCGCACGAGCUCUCCCAGAUUCCAAAGAUACGCAUAAUCCAGCUUGAUAAUAAUGAUUUUGGCGGGAGUACCAUUCCAGAUUCAUACGGUAACAUUUCAACGUUGUUGAAGUUGAGCCUUAGGAACUGCAACUUGCAAGGACCAAUCCCUGAUUUCAGCAGGAUACCAGACCUUCUUUAUCUUGACCUCAGUUCCAAUCAACUAAAUGAAUCGAUUCCUUCUAAUAAGCUUUCUGAUAAAGUCACCACCAUUGAUUUGUCAAACAACAAGCUAACUGGAACUAUUCCAUCCUACUUUUCUGGUCUCCCUAGGCUUCAACUAUUGUCACUUUCAAACAAUUCACUGAAUGGCAGUGUUCCUUCCGCCAUUUGGCAGAACCGGACUUCAAAUGGAAUGCAUGAAUUGCGUUUGGAUUUUCAAAAUAAUAAUCUUUCAAGCAUAUCAGGCGCUAUUGAUCUUCCUGCUAACGUCACACUCAGGCUUGAUGGAAAUCCUCUUUGUUCCAAUAACACUCUAGCUCAGCUCUGUGCAAGUGCUAAUGACACAAACAGCUUGAGUCUAACAGACUCCAGUGUUGACUGUCCCCCUCAAGCAUGCCCUCCUCCUUUUGAAUAUUCCAAGACAUCUUCCGUAAAGUGUUUUUGUGCAGCGCCAUUGCUCAUCGGCUAUCGAUUGAAAAGUCCUGGAUUUUCCGAUUUUAAUCCAUACCAGACAGAUUUUGAGAACUUCCUGGCAUCCAAUUAUAGUUUAAUGAAUAACCAGGUUGAUAUUGGCACCCCAGAAUGGAAAGCAAUUCGACUGCAAAUGUACUUGAAGCUUUUUCCGGAAUCCACUGAUAGCAAAAGCUCCCAGACUUUCAAUGAAAGCGAGGUUCUUCGUCUCUAUAGCAUGUUCGCAGGAUGGGUUAUUUCAGACAACGAAUUAUUCGGACCUUAUGAACUGCUCAACUUCACUCUUCUGGAUCCUUACAAGGAUAUGUUGUUUGGCCCCGCUACAAGUUCAGGGAUAAGCAAGGGUGCACUGGCUGGCAUUAUCUUAGGAACAAUUGCCGGUGCAGUUACGUUAUCUACAAUUGUGACUCUUCUUAUCAUGAGGGCGCGGAUCAGAGACUACCGAACUCUUUCAUCAAAGCGACAAUUUUCUAGAAUAUCAAUAAAAAUUGAGGGCGUGCGGAGCUUCACUUUUGAAGAAAUGGCUUUGGCUACUAACAACUUUAGUGACUCCAGUCAAGCUGGCCAAGGGGGCUAUGGGAAAGUUUAUAGAGGUAUUCUCACCGAUGGCACUGUGGUAGCAAUAAAACGUGCACAGGUGGGAUCACUGCAAGGUGAGAGGGAGUUCCUAACAGAAAUAGAAUUACUAUCAAGGUUACAUCAUCGCAACCUUGUGACUUUGGUCGGAUACUGUGAUGAAAGAGGUGAACAGAUGCUGGUUUAUGAAUUCAUGCCAAAUGGCACGCUAAGGGAUCAUCUUUCUGCUUAUUCGAAAGAACCUCUGAGUUUUGGUAUGAGAUUGAGGAUUGCACUAGGAUCAGCCAAGGGCAUUCUGUAUCUACAUACGGAAGCUGAUCCUCCAGUAUUCCACCGAGACGUCAAGGCCAGCAACAUAUUAUUGGACUCCAGGCUCAAUGCAAAAGUUGCUGAUUUUGGACUUUCACGGCUUGCUCCAGUUCCAGAUACUGAAGGAAUAGUGCCUGGCCAUGUAUCUACAGUGGUAAAGGGAACCCCGGGAUACCUUGAUCCAGAGUACUUUUUAACUCAUAAGUUGACUGACAAGAGUGAUGUUUAUAGUUUUGGUGUUGUCCUUCUGGAAAUUUUGACGGGGAAACCACCAAUCUCACAUGGCAAAAAUCUUGUUAGAGAGAUUACUGUUGCAUACCAAUCUGGUGAAGUAUUCUCGGUGAUGGAUAGACGGAUGGGGCCCUAUCCUUCAGAGCACCUGGAGAAGUUCCUGAACCUGGCUCUCAAGUGUAGCCAAGACGAGCCAGAUGCACGACCUAAAAUGGCAGAAGUGGUUCGAGAGCUCGAAAACCUGUGGUCCAUGAUGCCCGAGUUCAAUGCCAAGAUACCUGAAUAUAUAUCCAGUGAUUCUGGGAAAUUAUUCAGUUCACCAUCUUCAUCCUCUGUUAGCAAAACUCCUUUUAUAUCGGGAGAUAUGUCUGGUACUGGUAGCGAGCUAGUUAGUGGAGUAGAGCCAACCAUCAGGCCAAGGUAGAGCCGACCAGCAUUCACGGUGCGUAAACUAUGAAAGUAUAUUGACCUGUGUGUUGAACAAUGACCCCUUAUUACCCUGUUUUCAUUUAUUUAUUCAUAUGCCUCGGGUCAACCCGUUGUAAUAAACCUAUAGAGCAAUAACCAUGUAUGCUUUUGUAUAGAUUUCUUAGGGUCAUCUAUUACACUUUAAGUUCACGUAGUUGAUGUUAGUCGAAGUGCUUAGAAAUAUGGUUUGCACACUUAUGUGCUGUCUUCCAUAGUUCCAUGGCAGCGAACUGCUGCAAUUACACAAACAUGAGUUCAGAUCGACGUCCCCGAAGCAGUUCUAAUAGCCUAGUAAGUCCUGUAAAGUGCUACUUUUGCAAGCUCAGCCGUUUCGCCGAGCGAAUUUAUGCAUGAAUUUAAUUUAUGUUA